UAAAAUCCCCUCCACUGCCUGCGGUUGCGGCUGAGCCGGCUGCAUGAGCUGCAGCCAUGAAGGCUGCUCCGCACUUGCGCAGGUGCGCAGAACUUUCCACUCCAACGCCCCCUGGUCCCUCCCGGCCUUGCUGAGCCAACGGGGCCUCGCCUUCGCGCAGCGCGGGGAACGGGCGCUGCUGGCGGCCUGGCGCCCGCGAGCCUCGGGGCCGCCAGAGACGCGGCGAGCGCUGGAAGUGGACGAAGAGCACAGAGGGGUCAUUGAGCUCCAGAGACUCCGCGCUUGCGGGGAGCUGGGGGACAAGCAGCGCCUGGCCUUGUACUUGGCGAAGGCGGACGCUGCAGAGUGGGCUCCCAGGACGCUGCUGUCUCCUGGGGCUGAGGUGAAUGAGCCGGAGCAGAAGCUCUGGUUCUUGAAGCACGCCCGGCGCGAGCGCAACGAGGGCGUCUCGGUGUUUCUGGGCUUCUCGGCCUGCCGCGCCGCAUGGCUCAGCCUUCAUGCGGAGGACUAUGUGGCGCAGCAGGAAGUGGCCGACCUACUCUUGGACGACCAGGGCCGGAAGAUGACUCUCAGAGUGUAUGUGUUGCUGCUCUCCGGCCGUGACUCCAGCGGCUCGCGCCGCGCCGCCUUGGCGCGCCGGGAGUUCGUUUGCCGCUCUCAUCCGGCCGCCUAUGACGCCAAUGACCCGGACAUGCGCCGGCACGUGAACUCCACCUUGGACAGCGACAAGCUGGUGAGCUGCGUGGCCAGCUCGGGCUGGCGCCAUGCGAAUUCUGUGUGGCCGCAGAUGCUGGAGAUGUUUGAGGCCUGUCUUGGUCCCUUCCUCAGCGCGGAUGCAUUGAGCCGGGACGAAGGGCUGGGCUUUGAAGUGCUGGGCGCGGAUGUGGUGGUGGACCGAAACCUCAGGCCCUGGCUGCUGGAAUUCAACCAGGGCCCCGCGCUGAUGGCCAUCAAAGGCAAACCUGAGGCCAGUGCUGCGCGGAAGGCCGUGCUGGAGGACGUUCUGAAGGUGGUCUUGGACCCUGUCCUCCAGACAGGGUGCUUGGAUGAGGUAUGGUCCACAGCAUCCCUUUCUGACGCCUGGGAUGUGGUAGCCCAGCUUGGCAGCGAAAAAGCGGACUUCGUCGGCCGAGGGGCGGACAUCGAUCUCUUCCGCUACGAGUUGGAGCGUAUGGACGCUUCAGUUCAGGGCACCCAGCGCACCGUGGACCGGGUGGUCGGAGAGUUAGGUCGGGUCCAGGAUGUGGGGGAUUCGCUGCGCGCCGACACGGAGAAGCGGCUUUGUCAGCAGAACAAGAUGCUCAACGUCUUCAAGACAGACUUGGAGGUGAAGCUGGUGAGUCUGGAGAACCGCUACAACAAGCUCAGCGACGAUGUCUGGGGGGAGGAGACAGGCCUUGCGAAGGUCAUGCACGACCUCUCCAGGACCAACGAGGUCGUCACCAGCAUGAGCACGGAGUUCAGCUCCAUGAAGCACGACAAGGCCCGGGAGUCUUUGCUGGUGAAGCCUAGGCGGAGAGCCCCAGUAGAGUCAUAG